AUGAAGUCUAUAGUUCUCGGACUUUUCUGGCUGCUCUGCACUGCAAGCACGGCAUGGGCUGAAGAUGACUUUGAGCAAUUGCUCGAGGAUGAGGAGCCACCACAGCCCAUCCUUAACAUUUUUUCCUAUAAUAACAGCGUAUAUGGAAUGAGCACAUACGCUAAGCUUGACUGGUUUGAGGCUCAGCUCAUUUGUGCUGCAAAUGGCUUUAAGCUAGCCAGCAUUCCAUCGGAAACAGUUCAGGACCGAAUUAUCAAUUUUAUACACGCCGCCGAUGAUUCCCUUAUAACUUACCUUGCUACCGAGCGUCUAUGGAUCUCGGGCACAAACCUGGGCGAUAUCAAUCAAUAUGUAUGGCAAAGCACUGGAGCACGACUAGGCUAUCGAAAUUUCGAAGGUCAGAUACGAGGUGGCUAUCGUUGCGUCACCUUAAAUGGAGUCACAGGCGACUGGACAGCUGAGGAUUGCAGAGAACGGCGCCACUUCCUGUGCGAAAUUGCUUGCGAAUGAGCUGUUAUUUAUAAAAGCCCUUGCAUCAUAAAUGUGUUGGAAUAUUUUCAUAUAUAUUAAAAGUUCAAAU